AUGGUUUUGAUCCUUGCGCUUGAUAUCCUGCUCUGUGUCACAGGUACACCCACUUGGAGGGAUAUAGCCCAAAGGACCAUCAAUUGCGAUUCCAGCGCAUUCAGCUUCGAUGAUACUCAGCCAGAGAAAGAGGAGAAGAAAUCGCCCAUUUCUAGUACGCGGGAGCUGCAUAUAGUUUGUAUCAUCGGUGUGAAUGUUGGGUCUGGUGAUGCGGCAGAAC